ACCAAUCACAGCGACGUGGAGGCAGGAACAAUGGGAGAUAAAGGUCGGACGGAAGUUCUCGAAGCUUCCGGUGGCCGGCUUAAUUGGGAGCUAUGGCUAAACAUCAUCCUGAUUUGAUCUUUUGCCGCAAGCAGGCUGGUGUUGCCAUCGGAAGACUGUGUGAAAAAUGUGAUGGCAAGUGUGUGAUUUGUGAUUCCUAUGUGCGUCCCUGCACUCUGGUGCGCAUAUGUGAUGAGUGUAACUACGGAUCUUACCAGGGACGCUGUGUGAUCUGUGGAGGCCCUGGGGUCUCUGAUGCGUAUUAUUGUAAGGAGUGCACCAUCCAGGAGAAGGACAGAGAUGGCUGCCCAAAGAUUGUCAAUCUGGGGAGCUCUAAAACAGACCUCUUCUAUGAACGCAAAAAAUACGGCUUCAAGAAGAGGUGAUUGGUGGGUGGCCCCUUCCUCCCCCCAACAUCAAGCUGCUGCAGCUGCCAGAAAACAUGCCUACUACUACCAGCAGAAAGGGAGCAGAGACCAUAGCAUCACCAGGAGUGCCUGCUAGUGUACUGGCAGCUUGUCACCCCCUCCUCUCCCUUCACCCAGACAUGUGGUAGGGAUGGAAAAGGAUUCUUCACAGAGCACUCUGGCACACCGUAUCAGAGAAAAGUUGAUAGAUUAGUUAAUGGUUUUUCUUGAAUUUGAGAAGCAGAGAUCUGUUCUCCAUAUUGAUAUGUUCUCCUUCAACCAAGAUCUUCUAAAAAGAAAUAAUAUUUUAGUCUUCUGCUUGAGGAGUUGACUGUGAAGCUACAGCCAGUGAAAACCACGUUCUUGCAGCAGCUCUGGUGGCAGCUGUCCUUGAGGAACCUUUGGUGUGUGGUGGGAAGCUAUCAGAACAAGAAAUGUAGGCAUUUACUGUUUUUUGGGGGGGGGGGGGGGGGGGCACGCUCCGCCAUCUUGAAAGGCAUUUAUUCAUUUAACACUUGUGCUGGUGUCAUGUUAUUUUCCUUUUGAGAAAUUGGAAACUCUUUCUGUUGCUAUUAUGUUAAUAAAGUUGGUGUUUAUUUUCUGAUA